AUGAGUGCUAAUCCGACAGAGCACGGCAAGAGGCCCCCCAGGGCCCGCCAGCAGCAGCCGGUGACGCUGCCCCCCAGCCUCCACCUGCAGGUCCUGACCUUUCCCGGCUGGAACUUCAGCGUCAACCACACAGAGCAUCUGCAGUGCCUGCGCACAGGCCAGCGGGGACAGGUCAAGGCGGACCUGCGCCGUGUGCUGCUGCGUCUCCGACACCUGUAUGAGGGGGAGGAGGACCCCGAGCUGUCUCAGCCGGUGACCGUGAACCUGAAGGUAACCCUCCAGGGCAUUGGUAGAAGAGCAGAAGCAGAUGCUCAGGCCAGUGGGAGCCUGGGGGCCACCGCAGCCUGCAGGCAGCCCAGCACCCAUGGAACCAGCCCGCCCCCACCGUCACCCGGAGACACCACCGUCACCAUCCACCCCAAGGAAAUCCGCACCUUCUUCGUCCACUUCCAGAAGCCCUGA